UCGGUCUGGACGCGGCGAAGACACGGGGGCGCUGCCCGCGGCGGCGGGGAUUGGCGACGGGGCGCGUUUGAGCCGGGACCGGGGUCCGCGGCGCGCUCUCCGCCCACAGAAAUGAGCCGUCAGACUGCUACAGCAUUACCCACUGGCACAUCUAAGUGUCCACCAUCCCAGAGGGUGCCUGCUCUGACUGGCACAACUGCAUCCAACAAUGACUUGGCAAGUCUUUUUGAGUGUCCCGUCUGCUUUGACUAUGUGUUGCCACCCAUUCUUCAAUGUCAGAGUGGCCAUCUUGUUUGCAGCAACUGUCGCCCAAAACUCACGUGUUGUCCAACUUGCCGGGGCCCACUGGGAUCCAUUCGCAACUUGGCUAUGGAGAAAGUGGCCAAUUCAGUACUUUUCCCUUGUAAAUACGCCUCUUCUGGAUGUGAAAUAACUCUACCACACACAGAAAAAGCAGACCAUGAAGAGCUGUGUGAGUUUAGGCCUUAUUCCUGCCCAUGCCCUGGUGCUUCCUGUAAAUGGCAAGGCUCUUUGGAUGCUGUCAUGCCCCACCUGAUGCAUCAGCACAAAUCCAUUACCACCCUACAGGGAGAAGACAUAGUUUUCCUCGCUACAGACAUUAAUCUUCCUGGUGCUGUUGACUGGGUGAUGAUGCAGUCUUGUUUUGGCUUUCAUUUCAUGUUAGUCUUGGAGAAACAAGAAAAGUAUGAUGGUCACCAGCAGUUCUUCGCAAUUGUACAGCUGAUAGGAACCCGCAAGCAAGCUGAAAAUUUUGCUUAUCGACUUGAGCUAAAUGGUCAUAGACGGCGAUUGACUUGGGAAGCGACUCCUCGAUCGAUUCACGAGGGAAUUGCUACAGCCAUUAUGAAUAGUGACUGCCUAGUCUUUGACACCAGCAUUGCACAGCUCUUUGCAGAAAAUGGCAACUUAGGCAUCAAUGUAACUAUUUCCAUGUGUUGAAAUGGCAAUCAAACAUUUUGGCCAGUGUUUAAAACUUGCAUUCAAUUUCACACAAAAUAAAGCACCAUCUGCUUGCCAACCUAAAACUCUUGGUAGGUAGAAGCUAGACACAUGAAGGUAACAGAAAAGAAAGGCUGUUAAAUACAGGAAACAGUUGCAUGUAGUAACACUAAUAUAUUUAAAAAUAAUUCAACAGUAAACCACUGAAAAAAUAUAUAUAUAUACACCCAAGAGGGGCAUCUUUUGUAUUAAGAAAGGAAGCAUUGUAAAAUAUUUCUGAACUUUGUGUUUGUUGUAGGUUGAUUGUAUUGUUGGAAAUAAUUUUUCUUUUUGGCGCGUAUGCGCGUGUAUGUGUGUGUGUGUGUGUGUGUGUGUGUGUGUGUGUGUUUGGUUUUUUCCCCUUAACUGACAAGCCAUCUGCGUGGUCGUGGACCACCGCUCUCCCCUUUGUGAGUCCAUACAUAGUGCUGCUGUGUUUUUCUGUUGUGUGUAUUUGCUAAUUUUUAUUCUAGUUUUUCAUUAAAUAAAUUUGAUUUUUCUUUUCUGUAAUUCAGGGUUUUCUCACUUUUUUGUACCUUUUAAGUUAGUGUCUUUUUGAUAUGCAUAAUUGUUUAUAUCAAAAUUUGUGUUCGGUACAUACUUUUCCCCUUAUUAAUCAGUUAGAAUUAUUUUAAAAUGAGCCUUAUUGUGAAGAUAAGAAUUCCAGAAAAGAAAGGUAACAUCAGGGCAAUUUGAAGCAGCUCUAAGAUGGUCUUGUUUUCACUCCCUUAUUUGCUUACUCUUCCAUGUAAGUCAUACCUUCAGGCUUGUUCUUUGAAAGGUUAGGUUAGGGAGUAAACUGAUUUAUAUACAUACUGAACAAAAAUCAACACCCCCCUUCCUUUUAAAUGUCUUGGACAAAUCACAUGCUUAAAAUUUGUUCUUAUAUUUAUUGGUUUUGCAAAGAAAGCAUCCUUAUAUACAGUAUUUGUAAUUAAAGCAAAUAAUUUGUUUAAAAAGGCAGUUUGCAAAAAAAAAAUGUUUUUGGUCUUUUAUAAUUCUCAUUAAAAGAUUAUCUGGCAAAUUCAAAAA